AUGGUACCAGAUCCACGACCGAAACCUUCGGAAAGGCCUCCAUCUUAUCCUCCUUCGAUACGUGAAGAGGCUCAAGAGGAGGGUACUUCCUCAGAAACCGUCAGACCUUCGACUUCCACAAGAGGGAAUUCCACUUUGGACUCCAGCAGAGAAUAUGGAACCCUCGAUACACCUGAUGCAGGCACCGUUAUACGAAGGAAGAAUCCAGUCUCUCGUGCGCCUAGUUCGCCUGCCAUUCGGAGAGACCGCUUAGACCUCGAGAGCACACUCCCGCUGGCUGGCAACCCUCGUAUGCCAGUCCCUCGGAGACCUUCUACUGCUCGCAGGCGAUCCACUCACAAGAAGCCCCUGCCCUACCGAGGCGAGCAUUUCUCCGUCGACGAUGAUGCUUCCGAAGUCGAGGAGGAUCGAGGCCAAUUGCAAAAUCCUGAACGAGCUGGUAGUGACGGAUUUCCACAUUUGCCACGUACAAAUACUAUUCGCCGCCGCACUAUACAGGUGCCUAACCUCCCUCGUGUCGACUCCGGUGAAGAGGAUGAAGAUGGUGGUCGAAUAGAAAGAAUACCUACUGCAGACCUUGCCCACGAUGAUACAGAAACUCCAGAUGUCGAUGCAGAAGGUGAGUCAACAGCAGCUGAAGAGGACGAAUUGAGUGAUGCCGAAAGCUUCACCCUUAAGGACAGGCAAUUGGCAAUCAAUGAGACCCAUCCCUUUGGCAUCAGGAUAUGGAAGCCGGCCUUGUACAAGAAGAACAGAUCCGUCGAGAAAACUGCUGAAGACGACAUCCACUCUUCGCCUUCUCAGAUCGUCAGCACAUGGUUAUGGGCCUUCAAUAUCUUGUGGACCCUCCUCUUCGGAUGGUGGUUGGCCACGGCUGCAGCUCUCUCUGGCCUCGUUUGCUGCCUCUUCUUUUUCGAAUCUAGUGCUCUCGCUUAUGCAAGGACUUUCUUUGGUUUGGCUAAUUACCUUUUCUGGCCGUUUGGUAAAUUCGUUAAGCUCGAACAAGACGAACAUUAUGCCGACGAGGACGAAGGUGAGGGCAGAAGCAUCAGUGAGUACGAGAGAUGGCAGAGUGGUGACCUCGAAUACGGUCGCCUCAUGUUUGGUGCCCAUACUCCUCACAUUAGCUCCAUCGUUGGCAGACAUCGAGACAGCAUCGAUUCUGCUACUGAACAAGACAGCUUGCUGGGCCGCAGCGUCAGGCCCGAUCGCAUCGAAACUGAUCUCACCGCCAGAAAGCGCAGACUCUUCGGUCGCGGCCAGUGGACCUUGGGCCGCAUUAUCUUUUUCACCUUCUUCUACUUCUUCGUCGCUCCUCUUAUGCUCGUCGUUGCACUCACCUGCUGGCUGCUGGUUUUCUGGAUCCCCAUGAGCAGAGUUCUGACCAUCCUGUUCCACCACGUACGGAAGCGACCACUAGCUCUUACCUUUCACCCUGACGUAGCCUACGCUCGGGACACCACUAAACCAUCGUCAAUCAUUCUAUGUACUUAUCGGGCUGCUGGGCUGAAAUACUGGAAGUACACAGUUGAUGGCACAAACAUCUUUCUCAUAAACUUCCUGGCUGUCGUCGCUUUCGUCAUUUUCGACUACUUUUUCGUUCGAGAAAUCUUUGGUGUCGAAACAUGGAUCACGAGUCCUGGCCUGCUAUUCAUCCUAGGUCUCAUCUCGAUCAUUCCUCUGGCCUACUUUAUCGGUCAAGCUGUGGCAUCCAUCUCUGCACAAUCUUCCAUGGGUCUUGGUGCCGUCAUCAAUGCACUCUUUUCAACAAUCGUUGAGGUCUUCUUGUACUGCGUUGCCCUGAGACAGGGCAAAGGUCGACUUGUCGAAGGCAGUAUCGUCGGUAGCAUCUUUGCAGGCAUUCUUCUCAUGCCUGGCCUGUCAAUGUGUUUCGGUGCCAUCCGGAGAAAGACACAACGUUUCAACGUCAAAUCCGCUGGUGCAACCUCGACCAUGUUAUUGUUCGCAAUGAUUGCCGCUUUCGGCCCAACAUUAUUCUACAAAAUCUAUGGUGCUCAUGAGCUCAUAUGCAAGACUUGUUCGCACGAUCAGCUGGAUGAACCUCGAGACUGUCGCCAGUGCUACUUUCGCCAGGUUACUGCAUUAGAUGACCCUUUCUUUAUAGACGCAGUUCGGCCAUAUUGUUGGAUUGCUGCGGUACUGCUCUUCCUGUCCUAUGUCAUCGGCCUACUUUUCACCCUCAGAACUCAUGCUGCCGUCAUUUGGGAGACUGAAGUCAAUGAGAAAAAGCCGCUUCCAAUUCCUGUGGCUCCCACGACCGACAUUAGCCCAGCUGAUACCCGUGGUCAAAGUAUGUAUGCGUCACAGGUGCUUCCCAGCGGUGAUUUGCAGACACCCAAGACAGCGAUCAGAGAUUCACAGAUGUAUAAGCGGAUUCUAGGCCAAUCCCUUCGAGCUGCAGGCCUCGAUCCUGGUCUACCCGACGGCAACGCUGACGGUAAUUCAACACUUGCUCGAGAUGAACAUGGUGUAGCUACUCAUGACCAGGCAACCAACGAUACCCUACCUCAUGUCGUACCUCCGAAGGUAGCCACGCCCAAGAGUGUCUUGAGUCCUAACAUGCAACCUGUUGUGCCAGGUCUGUCCGAGCAAGAGAACCAGAACCUACUUCGCCAAGUCGCAGCCCUAGCUUCUACAGCCGCGACAGCUGCUGCCCGAGAUGUGGUCAAUAAUCCACGACAAACCUCAUAUAUGACCUCACAUUCAGCCAAGGUCGACAAGCACAGACCUUCGACAGCACGCUUGGACACCAUUUUCGACGCAUCCCGAAUGAACGAUCAUAGUGCAACACCACUAGCCGAAAAUCAUGAAGGUGGUCAUGGUGGUGGACACGAUGCACCAAAUUGGUCUCGUGGAAAAUCUGCUGCCAUACUUCUUAUCGCUACUGUGGCCUAUGCAGCUGUGGCGGAGGUUUUGGUCGACACUGUGGACGUCAUCCUAUCAUCUAUCGAUAUUGAUGAAAAAUUCUUGGGAAUCACGCUUUUUGCACUAGUUCCAAAUACUACCGAAUUCCUAAACGCCAUAUCGUUCGCUAUGAACGGCAAUAUUGCAUUGUCGAUGGAGAUUGGAUCUGCAUAUGUGCUUCAAGUGGCUCUUCUUCAAAUACCAGCGCUGGUCUUGUUCAGUGCGGUAUGGCAGUCCCGUGUUACUGGUGACCUUACAGAUUACACCUUCAACCUCAUCUUUCCACAAUGGGACAUGGUCACCGUCAUCCUCUGCGUCUUUCUGCUCAGCUAUGUCAGCACGGAAGGAAAGAGCAACUAUUUCAAGGGCAGCAUUCUCGUCAUGGCAUACCUUGUCAUCUUGAUGGGGUUCUAUUAUAGUGGUCUUACUGGCGUCGAUCUACUUGGUAUCAACCCUGAUAACACAUUAGCACUAACAGUGCAUUCUAUGCAGAGUCUUCAAGCAAAGAGUGCUCGAGGCAGGUCUGAGCUCUAA